AUGCCCCCCAACCAACAACCCACCCCAGCAGAAGAAUACCAACUCGCACGUGCAGAGCUCCUCACCAAAGAAAAAGCACUCACCCACGACCUCCAAACCCUCGCUUCUCUCCGCCGCGCCCUCCCCCGAGUACACAUCCCCAGCCCCCGGCGCUUCAAAUUCGACACUCCGUCUGGCGAAAAGACCCUCCCGGACCUCUUCGCCGGCCGCAAGCAACUCAUCCUCUACCACUUCAUGCUCUCCCCGGGGUCCCACGACGGCUGCGUCGGCUGCUCCUUCUGCAUGGACCAUAUCGCGGACGUGCGACAUCUCCGGAGUCGCGAGACGAGCUUCGUUGCGGUUGCGACUGCCCCUGUCGAUGAGAUAAAGGCGUACAAGGAGCGCAUGGGGUGGGAGUUUCCGUUUUAUAGCUGUGAGAAGACGUGCCGGGCGUGGAGGGAGGCGGAGGAGCAGGGGGAGACGGUGACGUGGAAGCCGGGGAAUGGGUUUUUUGGGUUGGCCGUGUUUGUGAAGGAGGGCGGGGAGGUGUAUCAUACGUAUGAGACGACGGAUCGGGGGAUGGAGAUUCUGCUCUCGACGUAUCAUCUGUUGGAUAUGACGCCGUUGGGGAGGCAGGAGGUGGGGAAUGGGAUGGGGGGGUUUAGGAGGCAUGAUGAGUAUUGA